UUAGCCGGGGGCGCGCUGGGCUAACGGCUAAACGGCUAACGGUACAGGGAGAAAGGAAGCCCGGACAUUCACAACACACAAACCAUAAUAAUCUGCACCAGUGCAGAAAAAAUAAACCGAACUAAUCUGACCACACACGGCAAAGGAACCCUCGUCCCAGAUGAACAUGUACAGUGUGCUAUAAUAAUAAUCAAAACACCACUGUACAAUCCAAGGCUGCAAGUGCUUUCUUUCUACACUUUCAGAAAAAUGGAGACAGAAGCAGAGGUAAUUCCUAUUUGGCAAAAUAAACCACAUGGAUCAACUCGUAGUGUGGUGAGACGAAUUGGUUCUACGCUGCCUCUUAAACCCUGUCCCAGGGCUUGUUUCCAGGAACUCCCAGGCCUUCCUCCAAUGCGCUCUUUGGAUGGUCCACUGGUGCCUACGCUGGCAGAUAUUGCCUGGAUUGCAGAUGAUGAGGAGGAGACAUAUGCCAGAGUGAGGAGUGACACACGUCCCCUGAGGCAUGAGUGGAGGCCAACACCGCUGCUGAUCAUGCACAGGAACUCGUCUGUGCCCAACUUCAGACGAGAAGGCAGGCGAGUCGAGGGUCUGAGGAAACCAGGUGUUACCGCUCUAAACCGCACCACAGCUUUACAAGAUGAGCUGACUCGACUCCGAGCCCAGAUCGCCAAGAUUGUUGCUUCAGAAUCAGAUUCGAACCCCAUCACCCCUGACCUGCUGUCCCCUGACGACACUAGUGUGGGCUUCUCCAUGGCUCCUUUUGAGACGGCUGCUUACCAGGCUGCUCCCACAGCCUCCUUUGUCAUUAGUGAUGUCACAGAAGAGGAAGAAGAAGAGGAGGAGGAAGAGGAUGAAGAGGAGGUGUCAGAGCUGGUGCCUGAUCCUGUGCCGACAGUUUCCAUGACAGCAUCUGCAACUUUUGAUCUUGAUCACCCUACUAUGGACUUUCGGGAGCCAGAGGAGGACACAGUGUCUCUUUCAAAAUCGACAAGCUUUGCUGAUGUAAUGGACAUCCUGAAAGACAUGAACCGCAUGAAGAUGAGCAAGGACAGAUAUAACCGUGGGUGCACCUCACUGAGGGAGGAAGAUUCUGCCUCUCUUAUAUCUGAAGCAUUGAGGAAGAAAUUCGUUCUGAAGGAUGAUGACAUCAGUAUGAGGAAAUGAUCUAUUAUCCAGACCUUCUCAGCAGAUGGGUCAAUAGGCCUGUGCCUGUGGACCGUUGCCAUGGAAACCCCAUAAAGCCUCUGAAUAAAAGGAGUUAUUCUGCGUUCCUCAGUGCUUCCACAAUGCUGCGCUGUUGUGACACGUCUGAAAGGAAAAGAAGCAGUUCUCAUCAGCACACACACAUACAUACUCCAACUGGCACUGAGCGACCAAGUUUGUAAUGCGUGUGUGCGUACAUAAGGAUAGCCUUUAUACUCAGCAGAUCAGUGAUCACCUUUGUCGUUCCAUCAUAGAUUUUCUGAAAUCUAAGCACUACUUCCUGUUUCACCAUCAUUGUUUUGUUAAUUUCAAUAGGACAUUAGUAUCUUCAGAUCCUUUAUCAACAAGCACGCAGUCGAAAUUUCAAAAUCACAUCAUAUUCAAGCCAUGAAAUUACCGUACAGAAGAUUCCUGAAAGAUCCCAGUUCCAGUCUGUUAUUUUGUAGAUGUGUAGUAUGGAGCUGUAGAAGUGUAUCUCUUGCCUUACACGUUCCCUCAUACAACCCUGUUAUACUUGAAGCAGUUUUGAUGAGUGAUCUGAUGUUACGAUACAUGCGUAUUUUUGCCUCCGUUUAGAGACUAAACAAGACGCUGUUCUAUUUAAAGGGUUUUUGUGUGUGUGUGUGCAUGUGCACUGAAGACUUCGGAUUGCAUUCUGUUGUAAUUAGCACUCUGUGAUUUUUCCCCUUCUACCCUACAGACUUUUGAAGUCUAUAUUGUGUAAGAAGAUUGAUGUGAUUCAGCAACAUAAGUUUGAAUUCAUAAUUUGUGUGGUUUAUCUUCAGUACAUGAGGGGGAAAACUAUAUUUGGUUUUUGCUUGUGUCAGGCAGGUUGUAAAUGUUUCUGUAAAAUCUGAAUAGCGUGUGUGAUGUGGGUGCUGGGUGUGACUGUAAGCCAGUUGAGAGGAUGCCUCAUGUUAUAUAUGAUGAUAAAAGCUGUUUUUUCCUUUUACAAAGUGUAACAAGAAGCUGUUUCAUGCAUACAUUGCUUUUGUGCCAUGAUCGCUCGACGCUCACUAAAGUGGAAAUUGAACUCGAAA